AAUCGAUAGCUGGGGAAAUUGUAGCGGCAGCACCAAGGGAAAUUUUAUGUGGGAUAUUUUUUAUUAAUACUGUAUGCCCAUGACGUGAAGUUGGCUGCGAUUUCCUUUUUGAUUCGUUGUUGGGUAGCAAAAGCUAAUCUAAACCGCCAAGAUGGGUAAGGGUAAUAAUAUGAUUCCAAACCAGCAUUACCACAAGUGGUGGCAGCGACAUGUGCGCACCUGGUUCAACCAGCCGGCGCGCAAGGUCCGCAGACACGAGAAUCGCGUGAAGAAAGCCAAGGCUGUCUUCCCCCGCCCCGCCAGCGGACCCCUGCGUCCCGUGGUGCGCUGCCCCACCAUCCGCUAUCACACAAAAUUGCGUGCCGGUCGCGGUUUCACCGUCGAGGAAUUGAAGGGUGCUGGUCUGAGCUAUGCCUUCGCCAAGACCAUUGGCAUUGCUGUCGAUCGUCGUCGCAAGAACAAGAGCCUGGAGUCGCGUCAACGCAACAUCCAGCGCCUUAAGGAAUACAGAAGCAAACUGAUUCUGUUCCCCAUCAAUGAGAAGAAGAUCCGCAAGGGUGAAUCCACUGUUGAGGAAUGCAAGCUGGCCACACAGCUCAAGGGUCCAGUUAUGCCGCUGAAGAAGGAACAGCCUGUUGUUACUGAGUUCCGUGACGUCACAAAGGACGAGAAGAAGUUCAAGGCGUUCGCUACUCUGCGCAAGGCACGUACUGAUGCUCGUUUGGUUGGCAUUCGCGCCAAGAAGGCCAAGGAGGCAGCUGAGAGCGAGGAGGGCAACAAGGCCGAUGCCAAGAAGGCAAAGAAGUAAACUGUAACUAAACCUGAUCGUUCUGUCUACAAUAACAACAACCAGAAUAAAAUUUUAGUUUUUUCAUAAACAUGAAA